CUUACAGCAACGAUUUAUAGUAUCCCUGAUCAGCUGAUAAGACCAUAAAACAUAACCUCGUAAUCUUAUGACUAGAAUAGAGUGUUCCAAACAAUUUAAAUUGCAAAUAAACUUUCAAUAUUAAUAGUAGAAAUGUUAUUUACAUCGACAAAUAUAUCUUAGUUUUGUAGUAUACAAAGAUGGAAGGUUGCUAAUUUUUAUACCCUUCAUUUUGCUAAAAAGUAAAGCAAUUUUAAUCUCUAUAAAUAUUCGACGGUAUAAUCCAAAUUUUAGGUUUUGUGAAAAAAAAUGUAGAAGAUCUUGUUAGUACGUAUGUAUUUAUUCUAAUGUUCCUCUAAAGAUUACAUUGCCUGCACUUCCACUUAUAGUCUCGUUACAAAAUAAAGCGUCUUGUUAGUAUGGCAGCUUUAAUGAAGAAAAGAGUUUUAGCAGAAUUUACGCAAAGUCAGGUUGUAACCGAACCUCCUUUAAAAAGGCUUAGAACAUUACGCCUUACAUCUACAGCUGGAAGUAAAAAUGCAACGGAAAGUAGUUCUGCUUUGGCUUACAUAGAGUGCCUUGAAAAAUGUAAAUGUGGCAAUGAUGCUUUGCAACUGCUCGUUCGUAUAUCCGAUACUAUAGCAUAUAUCUCUCCAGAGGAUGUUCCAUCGGUUGUGAAAAAGUUAUCGGAAAGAUUUGCUAUAGAAACAGAGGCUGCAGUUCGUGCUAAAAUACUUUGGAUAUUCGCAGAAUUGGGUGAAAUAACAAAUGAUUCGGCAGAGAAAACUCGAAUCGUUAAUGAGACUGCUGAACUUUUAAGAAAUGAAGAAUCACAUAGAGUGAAAAGUCAAGGUUUAGCAACAUUGUUGAAAUUAGGAGAAUAUCAUAGGACUCUAGCGUUAAAGAUUGCUCGUGAACAUUUGCCCGAUACUUGGCACGGUGUUCAAACGCGAUGUCUUUCUAUUAUCGGUAGAUAUUUAACUUCAACUACCGCAGACGACACUUUAGUAUUUGUUGGCAAUUAUACACGUUCUCAAGAUCCAAGAGUUCGUGCUCAAGCAUUCGAAACAAUGGCGGAACUUCACUCGCACAGAGGAUGUAGACUGCCUCCAAGUUUCUUUGGAGAAGCUUGUGCCGCGCUUCGAGAUGAUUACGAAAUUGUUCGUCGAGCUGUUCUUAAAUUAAUAUGGCUUCUAGGUAGAGAAUAUCCUGAAAACAUCAUCAUAGGAGCAGACGGAGAAGACAUACGUAUGGUAGAUUGUGCAUUUUCUCAAAUUUGCAGUCUCAUGGGUGAUUUAUCACCGAGAGUUAGAGCCUCGGCAAUGUUUCUUCUAGGAACAAUGAAAAGUGUAUCUCAACGAUACAUAGAACAAGCACUGGAUAAAAAACAAAAAAUUGUAGAAGCGGAUAGACCAGAAGUGGAAGAAAAAAGUGGAUCUUGCGGCGCGUUUAUUCAUGGUUUAGAAGACGAGUUUUUGGAGGUACGAACGGCAACGGUAGAAGCACUUUGCACUCUAUCCAUGGAACAACCAAAUAUAGCCAGAAUUGCUUUAGACUUUAUGGUGGAUAUGUUUAACGACGAGAUUCAGGAUGUCCGAUUGAGAGCUAUUGAGUCGUUAAGGAAAAUGUCUGCAAGCGUCACGCUUCGCGAAGACCAAUUGGAAACAAUUUUGGGUGCAUUGGAAGAUUUCUCUGGCGAAGUACGAGAAGGUCUACACGCUACUUUAGCUGCUAGUCGGCUCGCUACGAGAAAUUGUCUUCACAUGUGUGUGAAUCGUCUUCUCGAUAACUUAAGUCGAUAUCCACAAGAUAAAGAGAGCAUUAGAAAUUGUUUAGCAGCACUGGGAGCCUCGCAUCCAUAUUUGACGUUGCCUUUGGUACCUCAACUUCUUGGCCGGCAUCCCUUUUUUGAUACACCAGAGCCGGAUGUCGAUGAGCCGUCUUACGCAAGCGUGCUGGUUUUGGUAUUCAAUGCUGCGUCGCAUUGUCCAAGUAUGCAUGCUUUGUUUACAGAACAUGCGUCCAAGCAUUAUCACUAUUUACGCGACACGAUGCCGCAUUUAGUUCCCCGAUUACGACCGACUAUAACCAGUGGGCCAGAUUUUGGAAAGGAAGAUACGAUCGAUGAAGAAGCCGAGCGUGGAAAAGAAUUUCUAGAAAAAGUUGUAACAGGCGUUGAAAACGCAAGGCCUGGUGGGAGAGUUCACACUCAGUUAUUAGAAGCCUCUGCCGUUGAUCUCGAUCGUUUAGCAGAAAUGGAUCACCGUAUGGAGGGAGCAGCGCGUUUCGCCGCUCUUUACAUACGGUGUUUGUUGCUUCUAAAAUCUGUGUUGAAAGAAUUCUCAAUGUCGUCGACGAAUUCGGUAUUUACGAGUCCAUUGGCGAGUACGACUAACAACGUUUCGGUUCUUCUUCAGAAUACUCAAAAAUUACAGCGAUUGUUUAGUGGAUUAGGUGAAAAUGAAAUGAUAUUAGCCAACGACGUGUGGUUGAAAGCACUGGCGGUAGAAUUGAUUCGAGUGACGAGAAGCGCGACAGGAAGAAGCGCUCUUCCGCUUGCUCGUCAUUUUCUAUCCGAAGCUGACACGCUACCUCAAGAUACCGUUAAAUUGCCAUCAUUUUCUAGAGCGCUCGUUCUUCAAAUUCCGACUUUGUCUGACGUGAAACCAGGAUCUCUGACGCGGUUGUUAUUGCCGUUACUUUUAACACCGGGAACGCAAGGGGAGGAACGACUACCAAGACCAUCGGUAUCUACUCGAUUCUGUAGGGCAAUUAUCGAAGAACCUAGAGGUGACGCGGAUGCUGCAUUAAAGUUUACCGGAGGUCUUUUACUAGGAAUCCCAUUAACGGCAAAAAUAUUUAAUUUACGAGACCCAAGUAUAUUACGUAUCAAGUUGAGACAUCCCGAUCAACAAAUACAAUUACUAUUGCCACGAAAAUCGGAUUUACGUCAGCACAAUGUGGAACAAAACGAUUACAGACUGAGAACUACCGUUCUACUUUCGCAUCAAGUUUGGAUGGAAGCUUGCAACGUAGAAAUAUCUCUCGCGCUCCUCGUACCAUCUUCGUCCGUAUGUACGCACUCUCCCCUCGACGAUCCCUGCGUUAUCGACCUUUGUAAACCGACCAAAGUAUCAAUUGCUCCCAAACCCAUAAAGAGAGGUAUCUGAAUAU